GAUUUUGUUUGUAACUUUUAUGGAAAUCAUUUCUCGGCGCAGCCGAUGCGUAGAGGAGGUUCAGUUUGGUGGCCUUAGAAUCGCAUCCCUGCUCUUUGCAUAUGAUGUGGUUCUGUGCGGUGGAAGAUGGAUGAAUGGAUGGAUAAUAGCUGUCAGUAAAAGCCAUUAAAAUACAUAGACUAUAGGAAUGUGCGAUUUUUAAUUUUUCUAGUAGUACUUAAAGGCAUCAUUUUGUCAUCGCUGGGGAAGGGUCACAGGUGACGCUGCAUUUUGAUACGCUGUCAAUUUUGGGAAUGAUUUGGUUCGUUUCUGUUAAACGCAUUGAAUAAAUUAGAAUAUCCGCUUUUUAUUAUUUUUCAGUAUGUUUGUCUUGUUCUGAAGCUCCAAGCUGAAGCUGUUCAGGCUCCAUUUAGCUUCUCUGUCCACCUUGCUACGUUAAUGUGUGUUUAGCUAACUGCGCGACGCUUUAUGAGCUGCUUGGUUGCCUGUGUUGCUUUGUUGUCGAAUCAUCAGUUAGGAGUAUGAGACAUUUUGGAAGAGGGAUAUGAUAUUUAUGGUGCGGAUCAUUUUUAUCGUAAUUUCCUACCAAAUUCACUACAGAGAUGGAUUCUCAGAGCUCCAAUAAUCUUAAAUGUGCCAUAUGUCUAGACUACUUUCAAGAUCCAGGCACCAUCCCUUGUGGGCACACAUUCUGUCUGAAGUGUAUCACUCACCAUUGGGACACUAAAUCAGUUUCUGGUAUUGCACCUGACUGCCCCAUGUGCAAUGAAAAGUUUGCCGCCCGGCCCAUCCUCAAGCGAAACGUGUCCUUGUCGCUCCUGGUGGAAUCUGCGAAAAGCAAUACCAGCCUGUCCUGCAAAGACUGCAUCAGGGAGGAAGUUGGAUCCACGUUUUGUGAUCAUCAUCAUAAGCCUUUAGUUUAUUACUGCAAGCGGGAUAAGAUGCCGGUGUGCUGCGAGUGUGCCAUCACAAGGUGCAAGAACCAUGACAAGGACUUGUUGGAGACAGAAAGGAAAAAACAAAAGCUUUUACUGGAGAAGAAGAAGGAGGAGGUGGCAAAACUCAUUGAAGAAACUGAACAAAGUAUUCACCACCUAACUGAAAAUAUCAGCCUAGCUAAGGAGACGAUGCAGCAGACAUCCAGCCGGGUCACCGUCAAAUUUUCCACCCUGACAAAAGUAUUGGCUAAGCGGCAGGAGUCCACCGAGCGCUUCAUGGAGCAGCAAAAAGAGGCAGUCAUGACUGAGGCAACGGCGCGUCUCACUGAGCUGGAGGAGAACGCCAAGAAGCUGCGAGCGAGCCAGGACAAGAUAGCAACUCUUCACAACAUCUCAGAUACAGAACUCAUCAAGGAAUCAAUGCUCGUAGAAGUUCCAUGCCUGAAGAAAAUACCCUCGGACGUGACUUAUCACCUGCAGGAUCGAUUAAGCGGCAUCAUGGAAGUCCUGACCCGAAUGUCUAAGCUGGUGGUUGAGGACCUCGAAAGAGCUGUAUGCACCGUUGUGGGUCAGGACGUCGAAGGUUCUCCUCAGGAGAAGAGACCCAUUCUGGCUGUGGUUCCCAGUCCAGCUGCUCCGUGCUACCCUGGUGGCAAGGAGGGCCUCAAUGCUUACAUGUGCUCCCUGACAUUUGACCCCAGCACAGCCAACGGCAAUUUGGUUUUGUCCCAAGAGAACCGGAGAGCGCAGCACCUGACUUCGGGUAUGCGUCCAGUGGUCGAGCACGAAUCCCGCUUUGAUCACACCUGGCAGGUGCUUUGCAGCCAGGGCUUCAAACACGGCCUGCACUACUGGGAGAUGGAGGUCUCCAAACCGUGGGCCUACCUGGGGGUGACUUACAACACCAUCCCCAGGAAAGAGAAGGGUCGGAGGUGCAUGCUGGGUAUGAACGAACUGUCCUGGAGCUUGCAGCUGGACGAGAAGCAGCUUAAUGCCUGGCACAACGGCCGCAAGGAGACCCUGGAUGGAUCUUCUCAGCACGGCCGCGUCGGCUUUUUGCUGGACUAUGAGACGGGGAUGCUCACCUUCUACGGAGAUGGACACAUCAAGCUUCACGACUUCCACUGUGCCUUCACCCAGGAGCUCUUCCCUGCUUGCUGGAUCGGAGAGGGCGUCAGUGUCACACUGUGCGCUGCAUGAGUGUGCAUUUUGCUUUUUAUUUAAACUGAGACAUUUAUUACAAAUGUCCUCAAUUGUAGAUGAAAAACAGUGGGGGGAAAUGAUCGGUCAAAAAUGGGUAAAACUGCACUAUUGUUUAUAAAAAUGAUAAGUUAUUCAUAUUAUUGGGUAAAAUAAUUAAGUGCAUUUGAUCACUUAGCAAAAACAAGUCGGCAUCUGUUUGCAAGCAUAGUGAUGAAAUAUUUUGGCUCACUUCUUCUAACUAAAUCUUUCACUUGUCAGGUUCGAAGGGUGACCAUGACCUUAAAAUUAUUCUCGUGUUUAUCUACAUGUUUGUUUCCCUAGGAGUACGUUUUGGGUGCUGGAAGAUCCUUAAGUAUGUCUCCCAUUUAUUGGCCCCUCAGUGAGGUGGUCGUGAGUUGAGAGCCGGAGUAAUUAGUAAUUGUCCAAAGUUAUCUAGCACAUUGACACACGCCUGUCCAUUUGUGGGAAUGGGAGAAAUCUGGCUCAGUGUUAGGUGAUCUACUACUUAUUUCACGGAUCACUUCACAUUUACCAAUAGUACUCUAGACCAGGGGUACUCAAUGUUUCGAGGCAGUUUCGGUUGAUUGCGACAGCGUGUCGAGAAAAAACAACAAAAGGACAUGAGCCGUAUUUUAUUUUUAACUUGAGCUCACCGCGCAUGUGCAAGCAACGACAGUACAGGAAAAGACGCUGUCAGUGAGUUCCCCUCUAUUUUAAGCUCUCACUUAAGAAAUCUUAAUAAUAAACAAUAAGUAUGGAUGGUGCAGUAAAGAAGAUAAAAACGUAUCAUUUUCAUACGGAAUAGGAGGCGGACAAUUUUUUUAACUCAUUUUCUAAGUGCAUUUGCCUCAUCUGCCAGUGUAGUGAAAUGUGGAGUGGCAUUUUCAAACUGUUCAUGGAAAAUACGACACCGACAUUCUGCCGAAAAGCACACUGAGAAUGAGAAAAGUGAACGAACUAAAAUCCCAAUUGGCUGCAUAGCAGUCACUUUUCACACAAUAUAGUUUGGCAGCGAAAGCCACCACUGAAGCAUCGUUCUGUUCUCAUCACAUCAUCGUUAAUAACAAGAAGUCCUUCCAAGAUGGAGGGAUGGUAAAAGAGGCAUAACUGACUCGUUGUUCCAAUCUUUUCAAAAUAAGGCGGAAAUACUAUCUUCAAUAAAAUCUCUGCACUUGUAAAGGAGUACAGUUACACGGCACUGUGAAGCCACAGCUGAUGUGUGGAAGGACAUCGGAGAUUGUAUUCUCACUGCAAUUGGACAAAUCCACAGAUGUGAGUGACGCAGCCCAGGUGUGCAUUUUCAUUCCUACAGUCUUUAGUGAUCAACAACGUGAACUCCGAUAGUUAUAAAAAAAUGUGUAAAGUUGAAUAUGUUGUGUAAUAUUGGCUCAUGCGGUUAUGCAAGGCAUUCAAACAUACAUUUACACAUAAAGAAUCUUCAAUAUACUUCAAAAUAGGAAAAUAGCUUUGUGACUUGGGUCAUUCUAUUUCAUCAUUGGUCAUUCUAAAAAAAAAAAAAAAAACGUCCGGCCCUGCCCCUGCCCCGGUUGAUCGCGAAAGGCUAGAUACUUGAGAAGUGGAUCUUUGGGUAAAAAAGCUUGGGCACCCCUGCUCUUGACUCUUACCAUUAUCAACAAGGAGAACAAUUGGAAGUGUCUUUGUGAGUACAUUUACAAAUUGAGCAGGGGAUUAAAUAAGGACUUUCCUCAUUGUGUAUCCACCUGUUGGAGGAAGCUGAAGCGUAUUCCAGUCAACUGCUUUUUUCCAAAAGACAUGUCAGAUAUGGGAAUAACUACACUACCAAUGCCAAUAGUUGUCCUUUUUUUUUAAAGUGUAAUUCCUUUUAAAAUCUUUUUAACUGUGGACAAUAAGCAUUGUUGCACAUGUGACCAUUUUUUACUUUGAAAAGAUGCAUUAUGUAAUGUAUAUCCAUCACUCAUUGUGAAGUGUAGCAUGAUGCGGAAUGUUUUUUGUUUUCCCAGGCUUUCGCCUUU